AUGCGUGAAAUUAUUUCGUUGCACAUUGGACAAGCUGGGGUGCAAAUUGGUGGUGCAUGCUGGGAGCUAUUUUGCUUGGAACAUGGUAUCGAUGUGAAGGGUAACCUGAAUUUGCAGUCGGAUCAGUUUGGGAAGCGUGACAUCUCAUCGUUGACAACUUUUUUCUCCGAAGCUGCUGAUGGGCACUACGUGCCCCGUGCUUUACUGGCUGAUUUAGAGCCAACUGUUGUUGAUAUAGUUCGUGCGGGAAAAUAUAAGGAUUUAUUUCAUCCGCUACAGAUGGUAACUGGUCGUGAGGAUGCAGCAAAUAAUUAUGCUCGUGGACAUUAUUCAGUUGGUAAAGAUAUGAUUGAUAAAGUUAUGGAUCGUACUCGACAUUUGGCUGAGAAUUGUGAUGGAUUACAGGGAUUCCUCCUCUUCCAUUCAUUUGGUGGUGGUACUGGUUCAGGUUUUACAUCUCUGCUAAUGGAACACUUAACAAUUAAUUAUGGUAAAAAAAGCAAGCUAGAAUUUUCGGUCUAUCCGGCACCGCAAAUUUCUACAUCUGUACUGGAGCCGUAUAAUUCCGUCCUUAUGACUCAUGCUACCCUUGAGAUUGCUGAUUGUUCAUUCAUUGUGGACAAUGAAGCAAUUUAUAACUUAUGCCAUCGUAAUUUGGACAUUGAUCGACCAUCCUACCCAAAUCUAAAUCGUCUCAUUGCUCAAGUUGUUUCGUCGACUACCGCUUCGCUGCGCUUUAAAGGUGCGCUAAACGUAGAUCUGAUGGAAUUUCAGACAAAUUUGGUGCCAUAUCCACGUAUUCAUUUCCCAUUGGUGUCAUAUGCUCCAAUAGUUUCCGUCAUGCAAGCUCGUCAUAAGACUUUUUCGGUGAUGGAUAUUACCAGAGAUUGUUUUGAAACUUCCAAUCAAAUGGUGAAAUGUGAUCCGGUAAAGGGUAAAUAUAUGUCAAUUUGCCUUUUAUACCGUGGUAAUGUCACAGCAAACGAUGUCAACGAAGCUAUUAGUGCUAUCCGUCAUCAGAGAGAGAUUAAUUUUGUAGAGUGGUGCCCAACUGGAUUCAAGAUUGGAAUUAACGAUAAGCCACCAACAACUGUACCAGGUGGUGAUGCCGCACCUGUACCACGUGGUCUCUGCAUGUUAGCCAAUACAACAGCUAUUGCUGAAGCGUGGGCACGUUUGAACGUCAAAUUCGAUCUGAUGUAUUCAAAACGAGCUUUUACACAUUGGUUUCUUAGCGAGGGUAUGGAGGAAAGUGAAUUUAUUGACGCACGUGUAGACAUGGACCUUCUUGAGAAAGACUAUAAAGAGAUUGCAGCGGAUGAAUUUGAUGCUGAUUCAAACGAUGACUGCGAUUUCUGA